AUGCUGCACGGCGCUGAAGAAAAGAAACCAGUAGUAGUUGAUGCCUCCACAGUUAGUAUAUCUUCUGAUCCAAUGCCAAACACAUUGGUAUCACCAUCUACGUCAGCAUCAGUGUCGUCUACAAAGAAAAGGAAAUUCGCUUGCGUAGAAUGUAGACAACAGAAAUCAAAAUGUGAUGCAUAUGAUAAGGCUCCUGAUCCAUGUACCAAAUGUCAAAAGAAAGGUGUCCCAUGUGUCUUAAAGAAGGAUUUCAGAAGAACUUAUAAAAGAGCAAGAAAUGAAGCCAUAGAGAAAAGAUUUAAAGAAUUGACUCAAACUUUAACAAAUUUAAGUUCAGAGGAAAUAUUGAAAAAAAUUGAACAAGAACAACAAACUUUAUUAGAUAAUAGAAAUUUCACAAAGGAAAAAAUUAAAAAAUUAAGAGAAUCUUCUUCUUCGUCUACUACAUCGUUGAAUAGUUUUACAUCACAAAUACCGAUAUUGAAUGAUUCCGUGGGGUCAUUCCCGUUACCUUCAAAUCAUACAACCGUGCCAAAAUCUGCAUCACCAUCCUCUUCACCUACAAGUUUGCAAUUACAAAAUUUAAAUACUUUAAAAGAUUUUAAAAUGACUGAGGAACAAUUGAAAUGUACUCCGAAAAGUUUGGGUGACAUAUAUAUGUCUAGUAAUGAUAUCGCUGAAUUAUUCCAAGAAUUCGCUACAAAAUACCAUCAAUUUUUACCCGUAGUAGAUCUAACCAAGGGAACUGAAAGAAUAUAUAAUUUAUCACCAGCAUUAUUUUGGGUAGUCUUAUUAAUAGGCCUAAGAAGAAAAUUCGAUUCCAUAGAUUUAAUGACAAGAUUGUCUAUACUCGUGAAAUCAACUUUAGCAGAAAUUACAAUAUCUCCAAUCAUUAGAUAUACUCCAUCAGAUACAGAUGAACCUCUAUUGAAUAUCGCAUCGGUGUAUUCAGUGCAAUCUUUCUUACUAUACACUUUUUGGCCACCUCUAACUUCAUCAUUAAGUGCUGAUACAUCAUGGAAUACUAUAGGUACAGCCAUGUUUCAAGCAAUUCGUGUAGGAUUAAAUUGUGCAGAUUUCUCCAAAGAAUACGCUACAGAAAAUUCUGAAUUAAUUAAUGAAAACAUAAGAACAUGGAUUUCUUGUAAUAUCGUUUCGCAAAUCGUAGGUUCAUCAUUCGGCUUCCCUCCUUAUGUAUCAUUCGAUCAUGCUGUCAUGUCCUCUACAAGAAUCACAUCACCAGAUAACGAUCCGACCAUGGGUAGCAAAAAUAAUAGUAUAAAUGAAGUGCAAAAUAUUUCCAAAGAAUUAAAACAAAUGGUACAGAUUGCACAUUUCGAAAAUCAAAUAAUAAAUACAAUGAAUUCAAAUCCUUCAAAUAAAUUAGGUAUGGUCAGUGAUCAAGAAAAGCAACCAUUACUUCAUGUCUUAAGUCAACAAUUGAGUCAAUUGGAAAUCAAUUUACAAGAAAAUAAUCUUGACGACAUAAGGAAAUUUUUACUACUAGUGGCGAAAGUUCACUUGUUAACUUAUUUCUUCACAAAUUCAUCAUCAACACAUAAUAUAAACAACGAUAACGUUAAGACUUUACCAAUGUCUGAAAUUGAAGCCAAUUUUGAAACGAAAAGAGGUCUAGUGAAAGUUUAUAAUGCUUCCAUAAAUUUAUUAACUCAUGCUAAUGAAAUGUGGCAAUUAAACCCUGCAAUUAUCAAAUAUUUCCCAAGUGUAUUUGUCUUAAAUAUUUGGCAAUCCGCAUGCAUCAUUGGGAAAUUAGUUCAUUCAUCCUUAGCCACAGUAUUGGAUAUUACAAAGGGUGAAGCAGUGUAUAAAGAUGCCGUAUCAUUGACAUUUAACGCUUCUGUAUUAAAAUAUGAUAUGGCUUAUAGAUCCUCGGGAAUUAUGAGAAGUAUUUGGAGUUUAUUUGCAAAUAUUCAUGAUGAGUGGAAAAAAUCAAAUACUGAACAAAAUACGAAUGAUAUAUUUACAAAUGAUUUUAAUUUGGGGAUAACGGUAAAAUCACGAAUGGCUGUGAGUGUCUUUUUCGAUUGUCUUUAUAUAUUGAAGGAAAAAUGUGGAAUGGCAAAAUUACAACGUGAAACUAAUGGCACUCAAGAGUACAAAGACGAUGACGAUGAUGAUGGCGAGGAAGAAGGUGUUGUCAACGAUGACACUCACGAUGACGAAAAACAAGAAGAUGGGAUAUCAAAAAAGAGAAGCAGUCAAGAUUCCAUCAAACUAUCAAGACUCAAAUUAUUACCAAAUACUAAACAUCCUGAACAAAGAGCUAGAAGAAUUAUAGAAACUAUUCCCUUGGAUCCUCACCCUAUAAAUGCAACAUCUAGAUUAAAAGGAAUAAGUCCCUCAAAUUCUCCUCAUAAUCAAAAUAAUCACGAUGACACCUACCGAAGGGCAUCUCCUUCUCAACUACAAAGAACCAAUACACCGUCAUCAUAUUCAAUAAUCCGCGAUUCACAAUAUUCUCAACAAAAACAAACUUCAGAGAUACCACCAAUUUCAGAUGACAUAAAUACUCCAUCCACAAAUUCAAUUCCAUCCGUUUUCAGCAUACAACAAACUAAUUUUAAUGACCAAGCAAUGAAAUAUAUUUCACCAUUGACGGAAACUACUGGAGGCUAUAACCUAGCGUUACAAGAUGCAACGCUGUCCAUAAAAAAUAAACAACAUCGUGAUAGCAGUGGACUUUCAGAAUCCAAUGGAAAUGCUAAGGAAUCACCUACUUCUCUAAUUACCAAUUUUGAUAAUUGGGAUUCAGACCUUGUAUGGAAAGACGUUGAUAUAUUAAUGAACGAGUUCGCAUUUAACCCAACCGUAUGA